AUGAGCGGGGUGCUGUCGCUGUCGCCGUUCAAGCGCGCGACCAGCGGCUCGCCGUUUGGCAGCGACGGCGGCGGCGGUGGCAGCCCUGGCCACACGUUCCAGCAGCAGCAAAGGUCGCUGAUCCCCAGCUACGCUCACAGGGACCAAAAGCGCGAGAUCAUACGGCAGCAGGAGGAGCAGCUGGGUUCGCUGAAACUUCAGGCGCAGCAUCAGGGGGCCGAGAUCGGCAGGCUGCAAUUUGAGCUGGCCGGAGAGCGCCAGGCGCGCACCGCGCUGCAGGAGCGCCUCAAUAUGCAGUACUUCAAAUCCAGCCUGUUGGUGGACAUUCUGGUGGCGCAGCUCCUUGAAGGCGGCCAGCAGAAGCAGCGGCAGGAAGACAACAGCGGCGGCAGCGGGCAGGACGGCGACAAGUGA